AUGAUUGACAGGGCUCAACCUCUAACUAAUUCUCCGGUGACCGAAGAAGCAGUCAUAGCCGGUCCGUGUUCUUCACAUCUCGUCUCGGAGGUUGGCACUCAACGUCCCCACGCAGAGGCGGCUGUGCAAUUGAAUCCGUCUCCUCUGCCUAGCAUGAAACAGGCUCCUGAACCUGCAUCUCUGCGUUGACAGGGUUUCAUUCCAUCAUGAAGGAUUCUUUGGCUCAAGCGAAGGGCGAGGGUCUGUUGGAUGAUAGGGAGUUGUCCAGUGGUGGUGAGUUCCGGGCGAUGACGAUAAGGUGUGAGCGCGCAAGUGGGGGCCGCACGUGACCUUCAAGCUGGAAGCUGGCUUGGAGGUGGAUACGUGGCCCUCUGUGUCUGGACGUACUGACUGAUGAUUGGUUUGUCUGGGUCCACACUUCGCUUCAGAUGUCGACAUCCGAAUCGCCGGUCCAGGACUGGCCUUGUUCUUCUCCGCUUUAGGAGCCACCCCCGGACCGAGCAUCUCGGCUCCUGAUGGUUCGUUCACGCUCACUAAUGAAAAUUGUCCUCGUAAGUGAGCCUCACACCGUCGAAUUUUCACUCGGGAUUAAGCUCAAGUCUUAACUUCCUGUACUAUCAGCCUUCUUCCUCUCCUUCUUCCGUCUCUGGCAAGCUUCCGUCCCUUCGAUCCGCCGACUACCAUUGGAAGCACGCCAUGAUUUGGCACUCUUACUUUGCUCCAAGGAGCCGCUUCAGUCUGUACUGAGAAGGGACGUCGUCAAGUUGGCGGGGGAUUUGAAGGCUGUCGCGUUGGAGAUCGCUCAGGUUCGUCCAUUGCAGUGGGGGGUGUGAAAACCCUUUUCACGGGGCUCAGAGUUCUGAGUGGUGUGACUAACUUAUUGGCAGAGGCUUGGCCCGCGUGCAGAGAGGCACCUUCCAGCAACGGUGGGUGUGUCUGAGAGAUAUGAGAACAAUCCAUUAUACCCCCUAUCUCACCUGAAGUCUCUCCCCUCUUAGUUUCCAAGCCGACAUUCAAUUCGCCCUCGAAGCGCGCGUGCGCAGCCAUCCCAACGACGUCAAGAUUCCUUCGGGACCAUCUGAGUCUACUGCCUCAGAAGAGGAAGCUCCGCCACCUCGAUAUGAAGCUAUGGCCUCGAACCAGUCUGGGCCGCUGCUUGGAGUUGCGGAUACGGCACGGAGAGGGAGUGAUGCGGAUCGUCGAGGCUCGAGCUCCGGAGGGAUGGUGGGACACGAGACCUCGGAUGCUGCGAUGAUGGAGAAUUUGAAAGUUAUACGAGAAACACUGUAUUCAGGUACAUCCAUAUCUACCGUAGGAACAGGGUUCUUCAAGAGCUUCCCGCCACUGACUGGAUUUCCUCCCCCCGCCUUUCUUAUGCCACUCCAGCUCUCGCCGACGUCCUUGUAUCCUCCACCUCACUCCGUGCGCUUGCCUCGCGAGGUCCGGAAUGGCAAUCCAGGCUUUUCUUCGCUUCGAGCUGUCUUGCCAUCCUAGAAGUCGCUUUGACUCGCGUCGAUGAUGAGGGUGUUCGGACCGUCAAUUUAGGGAGUGGGAGACGCUCGGUUAUUGGGGCGAGCGAUACGCCUCGUGAGUUGAGAGUCGACCUGCACGUGCUGUACAAGCUCAUCUGACUCUAUCGACGCAUUGUUGUUUGGGGCGUUGGAAUCCCGAAGCCCAUCUCCGACCCCUCUUCACCAAACUCCUUCAAGUCUCCCAAGCCGCCCGCUCAACGAUACAACAAGACGACGUCCGAGCGAUCCAAGAAGCCACCGACGACGUACCACCUUCGACGUCGCGGAUCGAUCGAUUGAGGUAUAGGCUCGAGAAUGGUGUUGAACAUGAGACUGAAACUCGAGAAGGUGCGCGAGGGCAGGGUGCUGAUGAGGAGGAUGGUGCCGAGGGUUCUACAGUGGUGAAGCUCGCGAAUGGAAUCAAUGAACUGGCUUUGGGUGGGUCGAGGCUCAUUCUGCAUGGCAAGGACACUCGUCUUUAUUCGCAUCCUGUGCUGAACUUCUGACCCAUCUCGGGUUUGGUCCCGUAGCCAUGGCCCGCUUACCCGAGUUCUCCGAACGGCAGGCCGAGGUGUUCAAGAUCGUUAGUGCGGUUCAGACGUUCUGA